AUGUCUGAAAUGUCUGAAACUACCAAACUCUUAGAGGAAACUCGAGCCAUUGUAUAUGAAGAAGAACACAGACAUACUCACGAUACUCAUGAUACACAUGAUACUGGAGAAGGCAAUGUAACUCUUUCAUCGUUACACACUCUUUUAACUCAGAUAAACACAAAACUUUCAAACAUGGAGCUUAAGAACAAUGCUCUUGAUUCAAGACUAUCAACAAUUGAAAGUAAAAUCAACUCGUUAGACGAAAUACGGGGCACUCUAAACUCUAUGAAAGGUCACCUCAAUAAAUUAGAGGAAGAUAUCAUGUGUACAAAGAAAGAUUUUGAAAAGCUUGAAUCAAAUAUGAAAUCUCUAGGAAACCUGUUUGACUCUGUAAAUGAAGAAACCAAAUCAAACAGAAAUAUGAUCAUCUGUAACAAGAACAAUAUUGAACAGUGUAAAACUGACCAGAAAUUAGUAAACUUAGAACUACAGGCUUUAAGAGAAAAAAACAGUAAUCUUCAAGACUCUGUGGUGGAUCUGAAGGCGCGUUCUAUGCGCGAUAACUUGGUGUUUUCAGGGAUACCAGAGCGAGCAUGGGAGGACACUGAGCAGGUGCUUCAGGAUUUUCUACAACGAAAGUACAGAUUGGACUACCUUAUCGACUUUGAACGAGUACACAGGAUGGGUAGAUAUGAUGAAUUUAGCGAAUACCCGCGGAAGAUAGUAGCGAAAUUCUCCUACUUCAAAGACAGAGAAUACAUCAGAAUGAAUGCAGCAAAAAAACUGAAGGGUACCUCUGACCAGUUUGUUUAA